CUUGGGGCACCUCGCAAUGACCCAAUCGUGCGGUUUGUUUGGUUCGUCGCGUUCCUGUUCUGUGGAUCUCUCCUCUCUCCUCUCUUUUCUUCUCUUCUUUUGUUGUUCACACACGCGAUGCUUGUUCGGGCAGUGGCUGGCCUGCUGAUCGUCCUUUGUGUGGUGGAGGGACAACAGGUGCACGCAGACGCCAUCACCCAUCCACUCAUCAAGUGUGUCCAUGUCUGACUCAUGCGUCCAGGUCCAUUUGCGUGGCCUGCAGGAGGUUACCCCGCCGAACGGCACGUCACUGUCAGCGUCAGAGUAUGAGGGGCUGCUCGGCCUACUGGGGGGCAACGACACCACAGAACUCACCUCACUCUACCGGUAGACACACAUCAUGCCAACAGCUGGGAUGAUGGGCAGAUUCUGUGUCUGUGUGUGUGUAGGACGUCUGUUCACGGCACCACCUAUGGCGACCUGCUGGACAGAGUGGGCGACGCGAAGCCUAUCGUGCUGGUCAUCAGGAAGGACAAGUAUGUUUUCGGCGUCUUCAUCAGCAAGGGUCUGCUGCUGCCCGACGACCGAACGGGAAGCAACUUCUACGACUGUCAGAAUACAUACCCGUGUGAUCUGUGGCAUUUCUCGCUGGCCGGGCACUUUCCCAAGCCGACCAAGAUCGAGAUCCGCCCAGUAAUCAAGCGUGUGGAGGUGGCGGGGAGGGAGGGGAAUGUGAGUGGUGCGAAUUUCAUAAUCGGGACGUAUCAGCUUUUGGCCUGUGGUGUGGUGGCUGAGUCUGGGCUGGGUCCGAGGAAUAAGCGGACUGCUGCCGACAUUCGCAGCUGCGCUCAGAGAAUCCCCAUGAGCCUUCUACCUGAGGGCUACACCGGGGAGAAGAAUAGCAGCUGGGGCUAUGCUCUGUUCGGCGGCGGGUCAGGCUAUUUCACGGCCGAUGAGAUAGAAGUGCUGCAAGUGCGAGAGUCAAUUGACCAACCUUCACCCCCUAUGACAACAGCACCCGAACCAGUUGACAGCACACCGACAAUAACACCCCAGCCGACAACAACCGGGCCGAUUAGCGCACCCCUCACGACAACAUCCGAUCCAGCUGAGAGCGCAGCGGUGUGUCAGGGGGGCUUGCGGUGGGGCGGGAUGGUAGUAGCGAUGCUUAUCUGCACGGGGGGGCUCUUGUAGAGCUCCUCGACUAUGCUGUGUGUCUGUGUGUGCACGUCGCAUGGGUUCAUGGCUUAUGAGAUAGAGGUGCAGUAGUCAGGGAGAGAAAGAUGUGUGCUUUUGCCACUCUCUAUAGUGCUGUCUGGCGCACAGAGGAGGUGCCCUCCUCUGUGCGCCCCUGUCUGUCUGCCUGUCCACGUCUAGGUGUACCUGAUCUGCCGGCACACUGCUGGUGCCCCAGUGUGUGUGUGUGUAUUGUGCAUUGGUGUGUUUGUCUGCUGAUCAGUGAGUUUGUGUGUGCGCUGGCUGGACUGACUCCAACGAAUGAGUGACUAUGGCUGACUGUCUUUUUAUCGUUGUCCUCCCCUGAUGUGUUCGUUGGAGUAAGUAGGUCUGUCAGUGUGUGUGUUGUUGAUCGAGUGAAUGACAGUGUAUGUGGCCUCACAGACAGACAGACAGACAGACGGCCAUUCAUUCACCGCUAUGCCAAAUGGCCGCACAAAGCGCCGCCACACGUGGAAGGGAUGCUUGCAUGAA